AGCUUCCAAUUCUGAGAUUCCUUCCUGUUUUUGUACAUUUUAAGGAAGCAGGGGAUGCUGGCUAAUUGUUAUUUUGGAUAUUCGUUUGUAGUGGUGAUAACUAUGGCCCAGAUUCCCGGCCAAGAGAAUAAAGAGAAAACUACUGCCCUGAAAGACCUGUUGUCCAGGAUAGACCUGGACGAACUCAUGAAGAAGGACGAACCUCCGCUCAAUUUCCCCAAGACGCUUGAAGAGUUUGAGUAUGCCUUCAACGAGCAGGGCAGGUUGAGGCACACCACGACGGGCGAGGCGUAUGUGUUCAACGCCCGGGAGGACCUCCACAGGUGGAACCAGAAACGCUACGAGGCCCUGGGAGAGAUCAUCACGCAUUAUGUUUACCAACUGCUGGAGACAAAGUGCAACCUGACAAAGGAAAUCGUGCCGGUGGAUGCCACAGAGGAGGAGCCCAAGAGCUUCAUCUACCUGAGUGCUGAUGCCAUGUCCAACCCUGCCAAGCUGCUGGUGCUCAUCCAGGGGUGCGGGGUGGUCCGGGCCGGCCAGUGGGCACGACGCCUCAUCAUCAACCAAGACCUUGACUCGGGAACACAGAUCCCCUUCAUCACCCGCGCCCAGGAGGAAGGCUACAGUGUGAUGGUGCUCAACCCCAAUGAGAACCACCUGGAGGUGGAGAGGCCGGCCAAGCCCACGCCCCUGCUCUCCCCCGAGGCCUCGGACGAACCCGCCGAGAAGAGAGAGCGCAAGGACGACCGGGAGAGCAAGAAGAAGAGGGACUUCUACGAGAAGUACCGCAACCCGCAGAAGGAGAGCGAGACAGAGCAGAUCCCCAUACGGGAAAACGGCUCCCCCGAGGAACACGUGCUCUACGUGUGGGACCACUUUGUGUCCAAAGCCGCCGCCAGGAACGUCUUUGUCGUGGCGCACAGCUACGGAGGCCUGUCGUUGGUGGAGCUGAUGAUUCAGAGAGAGGCUCAGGUGAAGAACAGGGUGUGUGCCGUGGCCAUGACCGACUCAAUCCACAACAUCUGGCACCAGGACGCCAACAAGAGCAUCCAGGAGUGGCUGCAGCAGCAUUGCCGCAACUGGGUGUCGAGCCCCGAGCCCCUGGACACACCGGUGGAGCCCAUGCUAUCAGACUGUCCUCGCGUCUCUGCAGGUACAGAGCGACACGAGCUGACGUCGUGGAGGAGUUUCAACUCCAUUUUCCAGUUCUUCGGUGAGGCUUUACAGACUGGGGAGGAGGAGGAGGCCUCCAACGCGGUCACUACACGCAGCUCCCACAGAACCAAACCGGACCACAACCACAACGACUUAUAGAACUACACCGACAGGAGGGAAACACAGAGGGGUGGAGGAGGUGCCAAAUCCUCUCCGUCUUCCCUCUCCAUCUUUCCCUCCUUCCUUCCUCCCUCAUCUCUGUGUGAUCUCUCUCUCUUCUGGCUGAAUUUAUCUCCCGGCUCGCACAUGUAUUGUUUUACCGGCAGAGUGCAGGGUGAUGGUGUAUACAUAGCAAUAGCGUUUUGCAUUAUUGCUAGAUGAGCGCAACUGUCAAAACAAUAUGGGCUGAGUGUUUGCGUUUCCCGUGGGCUGUGGCUCGGCUGUGGUCCGGGCCACGGAGCAGUGGUUGCAGUGGCUGAGAUUAAGGCUGACAGGCGCUGUGCACAGUGCGCAGUGGUAUACCUCUAAUUGUCCUGACAUCGCCCUGAACUGAGCUAAUACCCCGGCAGCCCUCCCCACCACUCCCCGAGGUCCUAGAGCCCGCCCCUACCCACACAGUCCUCCUCAACCCACACCACUCAUACACUUGGCAUAUCUCCCUCCCUCAACCCAACCUCCUACCCGUCACCACAAAACGAUGGUUUUAACUAGAGUAAACAUUCUCCAUUAACAUGAGAUCAUUUUAAAUGUAAAGUGAGUGUGUUGUUUUUAUGGCUCCGUAGUCACGUCCAUCCCUUUGCCUUGCCAUCUCCAAACACACACACACACACACACACACACACACACACUUAUUAAAACGAUAGUUACAUUUUCUGUCUAAUGAGGAUCUAUUUAUACGAUCGUACUUUGGGGAGUUGCACUGCAAUGUUUAUGACAGCUGAUAUACUGGUGGUGUUUUGUAUCUUACUUUCGCUCAAUGUUUCGUUGGAUUUUUAUGCACUCUAAUUCGAUUUUGUACCGGACCAAAUGAAGUCCCAGAGUCAUAAAUGUUGACAAUGAGGUAGAUUGUCUAUGAUUUUGUAAUUUGUAAAAAUGUCUUAUUUUUUUUAUUUUUUUUAACUGUACCCUUUUUUUCUGUUUGAUAUCCAUGAAAUUGAUGUCCCCAGAGGAUUUAAUUUGAUGAAAUAAAUAAACCAACCAUAGCCUGUCCUAGAUUUGAGAAUUCAAGAAACUGAGCAGAUUUUAAAUCACUUAAAGCCCAGCAUCAAAAUGAGUUUUAGGGAUAUCUCAUUUUAACAGAAACAAGAAGUCAGUAACACAGUCAUAAAAACUUCAAUACAUCCCCUUGCACGUGUCGGGAAAUCCAAGAUUUCAAUAUUAUCCUAAGCCUAGAUGAUGUGUCUUCAGAUGUUGGGAGGAAUGUAUUUUCCAAACACUUGCCUCGAGUGCAAACGUAAACGUGACAAAGAGGAGAGCCCUGCGUGGGUCAUCCUCGCAUAAUCUCAAUCAGGGACAUAAACAAGAUUUUUUUUAAAUAUUUCCACGACGUGUAAGUUAGAAAUCACUCAAAGAUGAAUGGAAUAUCCUUCUAAUAUGCCCAGAUAUUUGUAUCACCAGGAGACAGUAAGCCACUGAUACAUGAAUACACCUCUCAACACAGCCACUGUCUAUCCAGACAUGUUUUACCUUUCCACGGCUUCAGGCGAGGUAUUUAUAAGGAGUGUUAAGAAAUAUAUUGGAAUAUAUUAUACUUUAUUUUUUAUUCUGUGUAAAUAACAGCCACUGGGUGAUAUUUUGAGGCUUUUGUAGGUUAUUAAACACAUCAUUGCUUUUGUCAGUAAUGAGGGAAGCAGUGUGUGAGCUGUUGUAAUUUUCAUCUAAUUGUAUUAAAUGUCUCUUUGGAUGUCACUCAUGAAGUUAACUUGUUGUUUGAUUUGGGAAUAUGCGGACUGGUGGAGAAGUUUCAUUUCAGGAUGCUGUUGUUCAUGUGUGUUCCCUUUGCGUGAAAGAAUAAACAGUUGCUAUUUUACUUCAUUAUGUGUAUAUUGCUGCCUCAGGAAUAUACAACACACUAUGUUCACUCGAUAUUUGUAAUAAAGGGCUCGUUCCACGAAA